CUUCUCUCUGGUGAGUGGCAUUGUUCUUUGAAUAAAUGUCAAACACAGCUGGUAGAAUACAUUUUUGGAUUCUACUAAAUCUGCUUCUUCUAUCCACAGUUUGCAAUGCCAACAUCGUGUGGCAGGUGCCACCCAAGAACAAUCUGGAUUUGGUGAAAGAGGCUUUCUGGGACUACGUUGCCAAAACGACGCUCACUGCUGAGGACUCCCUGAAGCAGAUCAGACAGUCCGAGCUGGGACAGGAAGUGAAUGCCAAGAUCUCUGAGAGCGCUGAUUCAGUGAAUCAGUACAUUGUUGCUCUGCGGACUCAGGUGGCUCCUCUGACCCAGGACUUCAUCACUAAGUUUACCCAGGAGGCCGAGCAGCUGAAGGCUCAUCUGGAGAUAGAUCUGUCCACCGUGAGCACUAAACUGCAGCCCAUGGCCCAGGAAAUGGUGGCGCAGCUCCAGAAACAGGUGGAGGAGCUGAAGAAGGAUGCGGCCCCCUACGCUGAGAACAUGGACCCCGAGGCCCUGAAGGUCGUCCUGCUGCAGAAGAGCGAGGAGCUGAGGGUGCAGCUGUACAAGAACAUGAACGAGCUGCAGGCCCAGAUGGUCCCCUACACCGAGGAGCUUAAGGAGAAGAUGGAUCAGAGCCUGGCUGAGUUUCAGAGGAGCAUGGUCCCCCUGACCCAGAGCUUUGAGACCCAGCUGACCCAGAAGACCCAGGAGAUCCAGCAGAACCUGGCUCAAAGAGGAGAGGAGCUGAGGGUCCAGCUGGACACCAGCACUCAGGAUCUGCAGGCUCAGCUGGCUGCUCUGUGGAAGUCCUUCAACCAGUAAACGGAGUACUCCAUCAGCCUCCACACACCAAAUAUUUAUUUUAACUUCACCAAAUGAAUAUUUUGCCAAAUAAAAAUGUCACGAACAAGUUCCGUCUUUUGGUUUCUUCAUUAUGGGAGUGAUUCCCCGAGACAAUUUCUAUAUCAUUGUACAUUUAAAAGGCACAUUUGUAAAUCUGCACUAAAGUAAAACAGACACAAUUUGAUGACUCAUGUCCAUAUAAUGACUGUGCAGAUUACUCUCAAGUAAAGCACUUUAGUACAACUUUGAGGUUCACGCGAGUAUUUCCAUUUUAUGCGACUUUAUACUUGAGUAAUUUAUGAUUAUACAUUAUAACAGUUAAGCUGCCAAUAUUAUGAAUGCAUCAAUAAUUAUAAACAGUAAGAAAUGUAAUAAAGUAUUUGUACACUGUAGUAUUGCUACGUGUAUGCACACAUUAGGGAAUUAGAAUGAGCACACGUUGCAAUAAAUCCAGAAUGUCAUUUACAAAAGUAAACUUAGAUCACAGAAGAGGACAAAUCUUUCCUCUUAAACUUUUCUCUUCUUUACUUCUCCUUUAGUUCACUGAGUUGUAG